UUUUAAAAUGAUUCAAAAUGAGAGCUUUAUUUUAUAUCUUUUAUUUGAAGAAAGGUUAAAUGGUCAGACAUGUUUGAUAACAACAAGAAUAAUAAGUUUUGCCCUUUGCGAUGUCCCCAUUCUAGUCGUUUCCGAUCUUUUUCCCAGUCGUUUCUGAUUUUGGUACCUUUGUCGACUGAUAACGUGAUUUGGUGUGUUUUUGUGGACAGGUAUUCUCGUGGGAAAAAUUUUGUGAUGCAAAGUAAUUUAUAACAGAAUGAAAUUGGCUUUGUUGUAAGCUGCAGGGAACAUGAAGCAAUGCAUUUUUAUUUUUUAAUUCUAAGUAAACAUACAUCAUAUAUAAUUCUUGCAAAGAAAUACUAACCCAACUGUGUGAGAAGCUGUUUUCUAAAUAUUCUUAAAAUUCGCGCAGGUAAAGCGUUAUUUGGCGGAUACUUAAAUAACUAAAAAGCGAAAUUAAACACAAAAUUUUUCUAUAACUUUUAAUUUUAUUUUAUAUUUUAUAAAAUAAAUGGAAAGCGGGACGUUCUUUUAAUUUAUAACUUAUAACAUUGAUUAAAGAAAUCCUUUUUUAUUUAACAAGCAUGUUUUGUAUAUUCUUUACUUUCUUUUAAUUCGUGCAGCCUAAAAACCGCAGUCAUUCAAUUUUUCACAGCUAGGAUCUGCACGAAUGUUUGAUUUCGCGAAUAUCAGCACUGACAAGGAGGAUAAAAUGACUUAUUUUCAGUAAAUCAAAAUGACCUAUAGUUCAGCAUUUCCUUUCAUUUUCUUCAGUAUAAUAGUAUAUGAACGAAUGGUUGAAGAUAAUGAACUACAAAUACCGAAAAAACGUCGGGGCGCUUUACAUAUUUUGAAUAAAAAGACAGAGACAAGAGACAAACAAACAAAAAGCAAAACAUCUUGACAAUAAAAACAAAAGAGUAUAAGGUAAACAAUGUUUGUUUUGUCGUCUUCAACGAAUGUCAUUUCUACAUGCGCUUCAAACAAGAAACAAAUAUCUUCAGUGAGAAAAAAGUUUAUUAAACACUAGAGCAAUAUUCGUUGACAAGUUUGUAAUCCAAAGAUUAUCGAGAAGAUUUUAAAGUUUAAAUACAACCUAUCACAAUGAUGUUUAAAACUAUGGCUGCCAUUUUGUUUCUAAUGAAUGCAGGCGUAGCUAGUCAGUCAAUGGGAAAAUAUUCUGCUCCACAAAACUUAAAACCAAGAUUUUAUAGAGACUGCUCUCCACUGAGACUAUAUGUUGAAGAAAACACAAGACCAGGAUUUCUACUUACAGACAUUAGCAAUUGUGUAACAGACGAUGAAAAUGAUAUACUAAGUUAUCGUAUUGAUUCUGGAGUGGGCUCAGAAAUCUGCACCAUAAAUGAAAGUAGCGGAGAAUUGAAAUUAAAAAUCUCGCCAGACCGAGAGAAAAAGAGUUCGUAUCGGUUCAAGGUGUUUGCAUCAGAUAAUUUUGAAAGCGGGAUAAAUCGCGAGGCUAGUCUGAAUGUGGAGCUUCGUAUUUCAGAUCAAAACGACAACAGACCUGUGUUUAACAAAACUACAUAUCACGCAGAUAUCCCUGAGAACGUGGACGUUGGAAGUAAAAUAUUAAAAGUGCUUGCCACAGACCUAGAUGAUGCUUAUAACAAAGAUGUUCUUUAUUUCUUCAAAGAAGGGACUGAUCAUGGCCAUUUUCAAUUGGAUCAGAAUUCGGGCACUAUCACAGUUGCUAAAGGUUUAGAUUAUGAAAACAAAUCACGAUACGACUUAUUUGUCGUUGCCAAGGAUGAAGGAAUUCCUGAACUAUCGGGAGAAACACAAGUUAUCAUAAAUGUGGCCGAUGUUGGUGACACUCGGCCAUAUUUUCUUGCACAUUCUUGUCAGAAGGAUGUCAAAGAAAACGUACCGAAGGGAGAGAGAAUUUGCAAGGUGGAAGCCAAAGACGGGGACAAAGGCGUUAAUAAUGAAAUCAAUUACGCAAUUACAGCCGGAGAUCCAUACGGUUUAUUUCACAUUAAUAACAGGACAGGGGUUAUCACUGUGGAAGGAGAAAUCGACCGGGAAUCUUACGUUAACAUUGAACUUAACAUAACAGCAUAUGAAGUACCACAACCGGAAUCGAGCGCAACCAUUAAGUUCAAAAUUACUUUUCUUGAUGAAAAUGAUAACAAACCGAAAUUUGACAAGGAAAGUUAUUUGGUAAAGGUUGAAAAGCAAAACCUCAAUGCUGGUACAAUUUUAACAAAAUCAAUAAAGGCUACGGACGAAGAUGCUACGGUGAAGAAUAACGAAAUAAUCUAUUCACUAAGAUAUGACGACGACAAAUACUUCAACAUUUUGUCAGACUCUGGAGUUUUAGUGCUACGAAAUGACCUGACAAACAUAACUUCAAAUAAAAUCAUAAUUUUUGUAUCUGCAAGAGAAAAAAAUACAAAGGAGGGUUACAACGCAAUAGCAAGAGUAACAGUGCAAAUUGUUCCUUCGCCCAGCGCACCUGCGUUUAGAGCAGACAACUCCCUAUCAUCUGCAUAUACAGGGAAUAUAUUUAUUGUUGCUUUGUCGGCCUUGUGUGCUCUUUUUCCUAUGUGAUAAGUGGAAUAAAUUAUUAGGCAAUUUAGAAGUUGCAACUGAAGAGAGAUUGGAGGUUUGCAUUGGUAGCAUGUAUUGAAUAUUGCACGAUCGUACAUUAGGUGUAAAAGACGUGCCAAUGGUGAUAAUAUGGUAACCAGAAAUAAACAAGCUUACACUGUGUCACUUGUUGAUAAUGGUUUAAUGAAUAAUGAAUUUAAUUUUAGUGUGAGUCCGACAGACUAUUGACGGGCAGGUUUCCCAUCUGUCGGCUGACAAUGAAAAAUUAGAGACACUUGUUUUGCUUGUGCAGUAUCUCGUAAUCUUUUUAUUGCAAAUUUUGUUUAUUCCGUAAUGAAACAACGAAAUUUUAAUUUACAGUCCAUAUGCAACGAAACUGAUAUCAAAUUAAUUGCUUUUACCAGACAGUUUUUGAUUCGAACUAAUUUGACAAAAAGACCAAAGAUAAUUUGUGGAAACCAUAUUCUAUAAUAUAAUAUUCAACUAAAUUGUAAAAAGAAAAGAGGUUUUAUAGAAAUUAUGAUGUAACUUAAAAUGUAUAUACACUCUCAAAC